UUCCGCCCGUGCAAAGUGAUGUUUUGUCUUGUAUCAAAAGCAGCUAAUCAAACCCCACUUUGCAGCGCAGCAUUACACAUUGAUUGCCCAGAGGCUUCCAGCUCUGAAGCCAAGGAGAGUUGCUAUGGGAAUCAAGAGGGCACUUGGAGACGGGAUACGAGGCUUGGCUGUCUCCCGUCGGUGACCGCUGGAGUCACAGAAUGAAAAACUGAAAGGAGGUGGCAGGAAGGCACAGGAAAAUGCAAGCGGGCUUGGGAGAGGAGGAACUGUCAUAGCUUGAGUCUGUGGUAUGGAGGAGAGCAAAGACAUCCAUGCAUCAGGAACUGGUAGCUCUGCUUAGGCUGGCUGGCUGGCUCUGAUUCCAGCUGUAGAACUGAUCUAACAAAACUACAGUAAAAGUCAAAUCUGUAGCCAGCCUGGAAAAAGAUGGGAUCCAGCUCAUCAACAUACCGCCCCAAGUGUGUUUACCUGGAUAUCAAUGGAAGGAUUCAGAAGGUGGCCUUCAGUAAAUACUGUAAUUCAAAAGACAUUAUGGAACUCUUCUGCAUUGCAACUGGUCUACCAAGGAAUACAACCAUUUCCAUUUUCACAGCAGAUGACUGCAUGGUGUCUAUUGAUCCUACUAUGCCAACAAAUUCUGAAAGUACUCCAUACAAAGUUAUACCUGUGGUCACCGGACAGUUAAAUGAGAAAGAUGAAUUGAUCCAGAAUUUGCUGACACAGGUGAUUGAACAGUUAUCAAGGGUAUUUAAAAUCAAUGAACUGAAAACUGAAGUAGCUAAUCACUUGGCAAUGUUGGAGAAAAGAGUUGAAUUGGAAGGAUUGAAAAUAGUGGAGAUUGAAAAGUGCAAGAGUGAUAUUAAAAAGAUGAGAGAUGAAAUGGCAGCGAGGAACAGCAGGACCAACUGCCCAUGUAAAUAUAGCUUCCUGGAUGAAAACAAGAAGCUGAUGCCCCGAAGGGAUGUAUCAUCCUAUCCCAAACACAUGCUUUCUCAGGAGACAAUUGAAGCUCUUAGGAAACCAACUUUUGAUGUCUGGCUAUGGGAGCCCAAUGAGAUGCUAAGCUGUUUAGAACAUAUGUAUCAUGAUUUAGGAUUAGUGAAAGACUUUAACAUCAACCCUAUCAUACUAAAACGGUGGCUGCUGUGCAUUCAUGAUAAUUACAGAAGCAAUCCAUUCCAUAAUUUUCGACAUUGUUUCUGUGUCACCCAGAUGAUGUACAGCAUGGUCUCGCUUUGCAGUCUCCAGGUAAAACUUUCUCAAGUUGAUAUUUUAAUACUAAUGACAGCCUCAGUGUGUCAUGAUCUGGAUCACCCAGGAUAUAACAACACGUACCAGAUUAAUGCACGAACAGAGCUUGCUGUGCGCUACAAUGACAUUUCCCCGCUUGAGAACCAUCACUGUGCUGUGGCUUUCCAGAUCCUUACCCAGUCAGAAUGCAACAUUUUUUCCAACAUUGAUCAGGAACAGUUCAAACGGAUAAGGCAGGGAAUUAUUACUUUAAUCCUAGCAACAGACAUGGCAAGACAUGCUGAAAUACUAGACUCCUUCAAGGAAAUACUGGACAAUUUUGACUAUUCAAAUGAAGAGCAUAUUACCCAGUUGAAGAUGAUACUGAUCAAAUGCUGUGAUAUCUCCAAUGAAGUACGUCCAAUAGAAGUCGCUGAACCAUGGGUAGACUGUUUAUUAGAGGAGUAUUUUAUGCAAAGUGACCGGGAAAAGUCUGAAGGCCUCCCUGUGGCCCCUUUCAUGGACCGAGACAAAGUGACCAAGCCUACAGCCCAGAUUGGUUUCCUGAAGUUUGUCCUUAUUCCAUUGUUUGAAACUAUAGCAAAGCUUUUUCCAGAGGUAGAAGAAGUGUUGCUCCAACCUCUGUGGGAAUCUCGGGGCCGCUAUGAAGAGUUGAAGCAAACAGAUGACACCAUGAAGGAGUUACAGAAGAAGAAGAAUGAAAGUUUGGCCACAGAAGGCAGGGAAAAGUAAGAAGCAAAGCAAAUGACAGGGUGCAUCAAGCACUAUAAUGGAUACAAAAAUCCUUUAGAGGUUUGCCAAGUCCAUGCUGGGAGACAGUGCAGCUGAGCAUUCUGGGACAACAUAGCAUUUACAAAAGAUGCCGUUGGACAGCUGAUACUACCAUAAGCACUUUUCAAGUUUCUUAUUGAAAGACUAGCAUUUAUCCUCGUGGAUGCAAAUUAUAAGGAACCUCUGCUGUUGUACUUUUUAUUUUUAAAGUUGUCUUCUAAAUAAUAUAUUCUUAUACCAAAAAAGGCUGCUGUAAUUAUUCUCUUUUGUAGGUUUUAUAUGUUUUGAAAAACUGCUUUUGCUUGUUCUGUGUGGACAUAUUGGAGGAAUUUGUACUUUUAAAACAGUUGUUUUAGAAAGAUUUAUAUGUCAAGUUGUAUACAAUUAAAAUUAUAAUAGUUAAUCUCAUUGUGCUUAUGUAGACAUUAGGAGCCUGACUCUACCCUAGCUGAGGUCUCCUGUCACUUUGCUGAGAUUUCAGACAAAACCUAAUAGCAGGCCAUGUGGAAUAACCAUAAGUCUAUCUUCCCUGUCAGCCACCAUUCCUUGAAAGAUCUUUGGAGAAAGAAUGGAAAAUAGAAGACCAAACCCUCAAGCUACCUCCUGUGGUCUGCUGCCUUUUCUCAUUGCCAUAAAUGUCACUCUUCCACACCACUCUGGGGAUAACUGAGGGGACAUAUAGCAGUUCAGAAUGACAUACAUGGCUUAAGGCCUUCUUGUGGCCUUACUCCUCAGCGGAGAAUUUCAGCUGACCUGGAAAAAGCUGGAAGGCACUUCAAGCACAUCUAGUGCUGAGGCUGAGCAAGUUUGGAUCUAUGAGCUAUCUAAAUGGGAGACCACUACAUGGAGGCAAGCAAGCCAAUCUUUGGAGCCAAGCUACUCUCUGGAGGAAAAACAGGGUAUGGCAGUAAAGCAACAACGAAUCUAUUUUGUUGUUAUAUGGGCAUUUUCUGCAUCACUGUUAAUGUGUUUAAGAUAUACUUUGCUUUAGGGACAUCUAAAACACUGUGAUUCCAAAAGGUAGCCAUAUUAGUUUUCAGCAGCAAAACUAGCAUGUCCUGCAUGGUAUUAUACUUUUCCCUUUAGUGGUCUGACUCUUGACAGCUUGUGCCACAGGGAGUGUGUUAGUCUUUAAAGUGCUUCUAGACUCUUUGUAGGUGUGGCUAAAAUAUUCUAAAUUGUGCUAAGUUUGCAUAGAGAUGAGUUGUUGGGAAUUUGGUUAACUGGAUACUUUGUAUUACUAAAGUUCCUAUAAUGACCAGCACUCAUGACAUGCCUAAGUGGUUCUUGAUGGAGCAGUAGACACAUAGCUCAGAGAUGGAACACAUGUUUUGUCUGCAUGAGAGAAAAAGUUUAAUUCCUGAAACUGCUAGUUAGAUGAAUCUCAGGCUGUGCACAGAAGACUGGUUGAUGCAUGAAGAUACUAAAUUGUUUGUUGUUGUUUCACGCAGAAAGCCUAGCAUACAUACAAGUCUUCAAUGCCAAUCAUUAGUGCUCUUUACAGCUGGCAACUAGAAUUCCAACCCUCAGUCCCUGCAUCUUUUGGUUUGGCAGUAAAUGAAAGGUGCCAUUUCCCUUUUCUACUUUGUUCUUAAUAGUACAGAACUGUGAUAACAUGUAGACAUGACAGUAUUCAAGUACACAUCAAAGACUAUAUGCAUUGGUCCAUGCGUAACUUCUACUGUACCCCAUUGUAGAUAUGUACAUGAAACCACAGGGUGUGUGAAGCUAGAGGAAGAGAGGUGUGGAACAGAAAGGACACGGGGACCAGAGCAAGGCAACAAGUUCCACAGGGCUUGGCUGAUCUGGUCUCUGGUUUCUCAGGACUGCACUUACCUGGAUAGCUCAGGCUACUUAGAUCUCAUCAGAUCUUGGCUAAUAAGCAGGCAGUCCUGGUUAGUAUUUGGAUGGGGGACCACCAAAGCAUUCCAGCAUUGCUAUACAGGGGAAGGCAAUGGCAAACCACCACUUUCAGUCUCUUUCUUUGAAAGCCCUGCAGGGUCACCAUAUUUCAGCUAUGAUUUAAUGGCACUUUACACACAUACAUAAAAAUUUUCUCAGGAUGUGAUAUUAAUUAGUCUGUAUUCUGAGUUUUACAUAGUUUUGGGAAUGUAUUGAAGAACAUUUUUAACAUUGUAGAAAAACACUAUAUAACUAUAUUAAAUACAUGGCAGAAACUGUAUCAGCCAGCUAUGAGGUGCUUGGAGAAAAGAGGUAUAAAGGACUGAAGAAGCCCAUCCAGCAGGUAGGACUGAGAAAAAAGUUGUGUCUCUGCUCCCACUGCUUGGAAGUAGAGGUGAUCAUAACGUUACAGUUAAGGUUGUUGAAAACCUGUCUUGUGAGUCAGGAAAUGGUGGAGAGUAUGACAUAAUUAGGUUGACACUACUCUUGUAAUGAGGUUCCACUGUAACCAAAGACAGAAUAAGGAUUU